UUUGUUUCUGUCCGUGCUGCUUGUAAAGUUGCACCAAAUGAAUCGGAUGUUGUCUGAAUGUCAAAGAUGGCGCUCCACAUGUCAUGGUGACUUUUUUUUAAUUAGAUAGUAGAGUCAAAGCGAAUGUUUUCAUAUUUUUAAAGACAUAGUGUCACGGUGGCACAUUGACUGGACUUUAUUUAAAUUUAUGAAGUGAACACAGCUGAGGAGGAGAUGGCUUUCAGUGUACGGCUGUUGUUAGGUCAAAUUCAACGAUGUCGUCCAAUAGUGGCUAUAAACCAGACAGCUCGGUGUCUGAGUCAGGCAGCUCCUCAGCCAGAGCCCAGCGCGGAUGAAAAUGAAUCCGUGAACCCGACCUUUGUGAACAGAAACCCCCGGAACCUGGAGCUGCUGGCUCUGGCUGUGAAGGAACGGGGCUGGAAGACGAUCUGGCCUCGCCGGGAGUUUUACCACAGGUUGGAGUUUUCACGCACCAAGAACUAUGUGACGGCAAACGUGUUUUCCAGCAGCUCUGCUGUCCCGGUGCUCACCUGUUCAACCACGGAGUGGGCGCUGAAGAAGGACCUAUAUUCCACAAACUGCGUGUCAGCAUGUGAGGCUGUGGGCCAGGUGCUGGCACACCGAUGCCAUCAGGCUGGCAUCACCAGGAUGGUGUUCAGGACGGUUCCUUGGAUUUACCGCUCUGACGCUGUUCAGUCUUUCAGGACAGCAUUGAAGGAGGGAGGAAUCACACUUAGUGAACCCAGAAGAAAAUUUGUCAGCACCUGAAUUUAGGUGUCAUCUAUCACGUUUUGUUAAAAUGUCCUCACUACUACUGUAUCCCUUACUCUCUGCUCUUUUGUGAAUUAGGACUGUACUGUUAAGAGAACCAGCACUACAGUAAAUGACAAUAUAAAGAGAAACCAAAUGAGUGACGAUGUAAGGUUGCUUGUCUAUGUGCUUUGUCUCUUGUGGAUAAAAUGUUUGUGAACAGAA